CCAAAGUGAAAAUUGCAAAGAAAUUUGCAAAAUAAUUGUGUAAAAACACAUUUUAAAGGCCGCAACGAUGCUCUCGUUGCUGCAGGAGAAGCGACCACUAAAGCGUACACGCCUGGGGCCGCCAGAUAUAUAUCCGCAAGACGCCAAGCAGCGCGAGGACGAACUGACGCCCACAAAUGUGAAACAUGGCUUUACAACGACGCCGCCGCUUUCUGAUGAAUUUGGCACGGCGCACACAUCCAAUGUGAACGCCAGCAAGGUGAGCGCGUUCUUUAGCGGCGUGCUGGCCAAAAAGGAGGAGCUGAUGACGUUGCAGGAUACCGUGCGGAAAAAGCAGCAAAUUAAUUGCAAAGACAACUUUUGGCCGGUAUCGCCGCGUCGCAAAUGUACAGUGGAUGCUUGGUUCAAGGACCUGGCCGGCAACAAGCCACUGCUUAGUCUGGCCAAACGUGCGCCCUCCUUCAACAAGAAGGAGGAAAUUUUUAUAACGCUGUGCGAGAACCAGGUCAAUAUGCAGCGUGCCACCUGGUUUAUCAAACUAAGCGCCGCAUACACGCUCAGCUUUACCGAGUCGAAGAACAAAAAGCGCAGCAUUUAUGACCCGGCAGCCGAAUGGACAGGCAAUAUGAUCAAGUUCAUGAAGGAACUGUUGCCCAAGCUGCAAGAAUACUAUCAGCAGUCGCACGAUAAGAAUGGAAUGCAGGCCAACGGCAGCAGCAGCUCAUCCACUGCCAGCAGCACCAGUAGCAACAGCAAUGGCAGCGCCAACAGCAGCAGCAACAACAAUAACACCAGCAGCAAUACCAGUACUGUGGGCAAUCCCACGCCCAAUGUGAUACCGGUGCCCAGCAUGUCCAGUCCGCUGCCGCCCAUACAUAGUCCAGCCAAUGGCCAGCCAGGUGCUGUUGGCAGCGCUGCAGCUGGUGGCGCUGUGGCCGGCACUGCUGCAACGCCGGGCACAGCGCUAGCUACGCUGGGCGGCUCUGCAGCCGUUGGCGCAGCCGGAGCAAACGCUGGUGCUGUGCCGCCAGGCUCAAGCAUAUCGGGCAUUGGCAGUCAGUUCGAGGAUAGUCGCAAUGCGCUGAAAUACUGGAAGUAUUGCCAUCAGUUGAGCAAGUAUAUGUAUGAGGAGUCAUUGUUGGAUCGCCAGGAGUUUCUUAACUGGAUACUGGAUCUGCUGGAUAAGAUGCGCACGCAAACCAGCUUCGAUGAGCCGCUAAAGAAGCUGGUUCUCAGCUUUGCGCUGCAGUAUAUGCACGACUUUGUGCAGUCGGAGCGCCUGUGCCGCAAAAUGGCCAAUCUGGUGGCCAAAAAGCUGGCUCAGCUGCUCAAUGCGGCCGUCGAGCAGCAGCAGCAACAACAACAGCAGCAGGCCCUAAUCAAGUCACAGGCCAUGGAACUCGAUGUGCCCGAGGAUCAGCAGCAGCAGCAGCCGACUAUUGAUCCGUAUGAGCAGGCUCUGCAUGACUAUAUGAACUGUCCGCAUCAUCGUGACAUUGUCCUAUAUUUGAGCACCAUUCUUCAGGUAAUUACCAUCGAAUGCCCGACGGCGCUGGUGUGGAGCGGCAUAGCUGCACAUCGUGCCCCCUCCUCCCUGGUGGGCAGUCCCCUUGAUCAUUUGCCGUUGGCGCCCUCGGUGCUGCCAAUGCCUUCACGUUGUCCUCGCACCAACCAUGAGCUGCGCAAGCAAUUGCGUGCCGCCGAGGCGGAUAUUGUGUUGCGUACCCAGCACGCGGAACAGCGCUGGUUCGCAUCAAAGUGGCUGAGCGCGGGAAAGAAUCAUUACACCAAUGUGCUGGCCACGUUGGAUCAUCUAGACACUCACUGCUUUGAGCGCAUGGAUCAGUGCAAUUCAAUUGACACUCUCUAUACUCACAUAUUUCCACCACAACCGGUGCAACUGCGCCGCUCCGAGGAUGAUUCACAGCAGCAGCAGCAACAGCAGCGCGCUCCAUAUGAGCCCAAGCAGGACGCGGACACGGUGCGCAUACUCUGCGAGUGGGCGGUGUCCAGCCAGCGUUGGGGCGAGCAUCGGGCCAUUGUGGUGGCCAUUUUGCUGGACAAGCGUCAAAUCGAUGUGACCAGCACACCAGCCGAUCUAUGCGGAGAUAAGGAGGACAAGGAUUCGCUGGCAUCCGGUGCCGGCAUCAUCGAUGGCCUGCCCGUCUUUCAACAUGUUCUAAUGCACUUUCUGGACCACGAUGCACCCAUCUUGGAUGAGCACAACAGCAGCGCCCAGCAACGCACAGAAUUUACCAAUUUGGUUCAGCUUUUCAGCGCGCUGAUACGGCACGAUGUCUUCUCGCAUAAUGCGUACAUGCACACGUUAAUAUCGCGUGGGGAUCUGCUGCUGGAAUCGAUGCUGGUGCACAAGACGACGGCGAAAAAUUCGCCACCGCCACCAGCGCCUCCGCCGCCGAAUAGCAGCGCAACGACCCACGGAUUCGACGAUGACGGCUUUGGCUCGGGCAUUGGCAUUGAUUUCAAGCACAAUGAGUUCGAUGACUCCAAUGUGGACGACGAUCUGGAUAAACUGGUGCAGAACAUUAAGGAAAAGGGCCAACAGCACGAGGCGCCCGACAGUCCCAAGAUCGGUGCGCCCGGUGAUGGUGACGGCGGCGUUGAUACGCCUGCCUCUGGCGUCAGCAUAUCCAGGCACUAUGUGUACACGAAACACUUUCCCAUACCCCAGGAUGAUCCCAGCAUGUCCAGCUACAGCAGCGAGAGCAAUCAACGCUACAUACUGCUCUUUGGUGUGGGCAAGGAGCGCGACGAAAAGAAGCAUGCAGUUAAGAAGAUGUCCAAGGAGAUUGGCAAACUCUUCACCAAGAAAUUCAGCAUCGAUGUGGCGGAGGGCGGCAAGGUGAAGAAACAUUCGCGCAACGAGUUCAACUUUGAGGCGACCACAGCCAAGUGCCAGCACAUGGCCUACUUUGAUCAGCAUGUGGUGACGGCCCAGUGUGCGGCCAAUGUGCUCGAGCAGCUAAAUGGCUUUGCCCAGGGCAGCAACAACUAUUUGCCCGUGCAGGAGCAUGUGGCCUUUUUGUUCGAUUUAAUGGAGCUGGCGCUCAACAUUUACAGUCUGCUCGAGCUGUGCGAUCACUUGCUAAAGGAGCUGCCCGAGGUGGAGCAUCAGCUGCAGCUAAAGAAGUCUAACAUGGUGCGUGGCUACACCACCUCCCUGGCCCUCUACAUUGUCAGCAUACUGCGCCGGUAUCACAGCUGCCUGUUGCUGUCGCCGGAGCAGACGGUCUCCGUUUUUGAGGGACUUUGUCGCACCAUACGCCAUGUCAGCGAUCCCAGCGAAUGCAGCUCCGCGGAACGCUGUAUACUCGCCUACCUCAGCGAUCUGCACGAGUCCUGCAUACUGCUGCAGGGCAAGGAGCAGGCAGCUGAAUAUUAUCAACAGUUGAACUGCAUCAAGCGUUUUAAGGAUAUCUUCAAUACGCCCGAGCAGCUCAGCAUAACACCCCAGGCCUACAAUCCACAGCUGUUGCAGGAGCUGUUUGUGGCGCCGCGACGUGGCGGCAAGCUCGAAUCGCACUGGCUGCGCCAACUCCAUGAAUCCCCGGCGAAUGUGUACAGUUUUGUCUCGAAUGCCGUCAUUGCCGUCUGCCGGGAGACGGAUAACGAGCGGCUAAACGAUGUGGCGCUCGCCUGCGCAGAGCUAACUGCCAGCUGCAAUGUGCUGUCCGAAGAGUGGAUUGCGGCAUUGCAGAGUCUGUGCAGCGGCAGCAAAAGCCCGCGCUACCCGCACCUCGGUGGUCAGGUGGACAUUGGUCAGGGCAAGACGCACAAUGCCCUGGCCGUCUUCGUGUGCAUUCUGGUGGCGCGACAUUGUUUCUCGCUGGCGGAUUUCGUUAGCAAAUUUGCGCUGCCGACGCUGGCGCGUUCGGUUAGCGGUGGCGGUGAGCUGAGCGUGGAUGCGGAGGCGGGCGCACGGCUCACAUGUCAUCUGGUGCUGAAGCUGUUCAAAACCCUGGAAAUACCACAGCCGGGCAUGUACUCGGUGAGCACAUCGCCCAAUCCGCUGCAUGCUGUGGGCAGCGACUUUAGCAUACGUCUUAGCUGCGAUCGUCAUCUGCUGGUGGGCGCACACAAGACCAUACCCAUAGCGGCGGUGCUGGCUGUUCUGAAAGCCAUACUCAUUGUCGUGGACAAUGCGGCGCUGAAGACGCCACUGGCCGCCAGCGGAUUGGGCUCGUCGAGUAGUUGCAGCGCCUUUGGCAGCGGUAAACGCAGCGGCUUCAAUACGCCCGUUCAUCCGGGCAGCACGCCGAAGAGCAACGAGCAGCGGCCGGCGGAUCUCAGCCAGAUACUGGGCACCAGCGAUCUACAGCUUGGCAGCCUGGGCAGUGAACAGGAGUCACUGCAGCAGCCAACGGGCAGCAGCUUGGCGGGCAACGAGCAAAUCUCAUUACUGGAGUUUGCCCAGGCCGUUCUCAAGCAGAUUUGUGCCCAGGAGCAUGUGCUGGAGCGCUGCUUGAAAAAUGCGGAACAGCUGUGCGAUAUGAUUAUUGACGAAAUGCUGACCGCCAAACAGGCGCAACGUGUGCUGCACAUGAUCUGCUAUCCGGAAGCCGAGUUCAAUAUUAUUUCAGAGCUGGAUCAGCGUUCGAUGAUAGUGCGCAUUCUGGAGCACCUGGAUCAAUGGACGCUGCGCAUUUCCUGGCUGGACUUGCAGCUCAUGUAUCGACAGUCGCUGAGCAACAACACAUCUCUCAGCAACAAUACGGAGCUCAAUGUUUGGUUGGAUACGGUGGCCCGAGCGGCCAUCGAUGUCUUCCACAUGGAAGAGGUCACGUUGCCGGGCGCCCUGAAAACCACGCACAAGCCGAAGCCAUCCACAUGGCUGGUGGCGCCGCUCAUUGCAAAGCUUACGCCCGCUGUACAGGGUCGUAUCUUGCGCGUGGCUGGCCAAGUGCUCGAGAGCAUGAACUACUUUUCCAAGGUGUCCAAGUCCGAUUGCAACAGCUCCGGCAGUGGCGAUGAGCGCGAGAAAAGCAACAGCUGCCACAGCAGCAACAGCUACGGCGGCGGUGGAAGCAUUACGGCUCGCAACAAGAAGAUGCCGCUCAACUAUCAGCCCUUCCUGGGACUUAUACUCACCUGCCUGAAGGGUCAGGAUGAGUACAAGGAGAAUUUGCUUGUUUCACUCUACUCCCAGCUCUCCCAGUGCCUGCAGUCCUUCGCUGAGCUGGACACCAUUGGCGGCAUCGACGAGCCGCAGGCAUGUGAGGAGAUUCUUGAUGCAUUGCAGCUGCGCUUUUCGCUGGUGGGCGGCAUGUUUGAUGCCAUCCAAAAGAACAGCACGCCAACCACAGACUGGGCCAUACUGCUCGCACAGCUGGUUUGCCAGGGUGUCGUUGAUCUGAGUUGUAAUCGGGAGCUCUUUACCACUGUGGUGGACAUGCUGGCCACUCUGGUGCACUCGACGCUUGUCUCCGAUAGCCAAUCGGAGCGGGAUGAAAACAAGAAGCUCUAUCUGAAUCUGAUGAAGAAACUCAAGAAGGAAAUCGGCGAGAAGAAUAACGCUUCGAUACGCGUCAUAAGGCAACUGCUGCCGCUUUACAAGCAGCCCACAGAGGUCAUAGCCUGCGAGCAUGCAGGAAUGGACACGAAGGGCAAUAAGAUUUGUGACAUGGACAAAAAGCAGCUGCGUAUCUCGGAUAAACAGCGAAUCAGCGUGUGGGACAUUCUCGAGGGUCAUAAGAAUCCAGCGCCGCUCUCGUGGGUGUGGUUUGGUGCCGUCAAGCUGGAACGCAAGCCGCUCACCUACGAGGAGGCACACCGUAAUCUCAAAUACCAUACGCACAGUCUGGUCAAACCCAGUAGCUAUUAUUAUGAGCCGUUGCCGCUUCCGCCGGAGGAUAUAGAGCCAGUCCCAGAGAAGAUUUGCAUAAAGGAUGAAAUGAUGAAGGCCGACACACCCUCGUCGGUGGAUCAGUCGCCUAGCGCUGUGGUUGGCACUGGACGUGGCCGUGGCAAGGGCACAACAACGCGCAAGCGCAAGCCGAAAAAUCCAAAGACGCCGCCAGUGGUCAACACGCAACAGCAGCAGCCACAAUUGGCGCCGCAGCCGCAACAGCCGCCAAAUGUGCAGCAGCAGCAACAACAACAAAUGCAACAGCAACAGCACAUGCAGCAGCAAAUGCAGCCCAACCAGAUGGGGCAGAUGCCUAUGAAUAUGCAGAUGAACAUGCAACAGUUUGGUCCCAAUGCCAUGAUGCAGCAGCAGACUGCGCUGAUGCAGCAGCAGCAGCAACAACAACAGCAGCAGCAAAUGCAACAGAUGGCGCCCAAUCAAAUGCAGCAGCAGCUUAACGUGGGCGGAAAUGGCCAACCGAAUGCACAGAUGAACUUUAUGCAGGGUCCCGGACCCGGUGGCCCACAGGGCAUGCCCAGCCAACAGCAGCAGCAACAGCAAUGGCACAAUACGCCCCAGCAGCAGCAACAGCAACCGCAGCAGUAUCACAAUCAGUAUCAGCAUCAGCAGAACAUGCAAAUGAAUCGUAUUGAGCGGCCACCGCUUAAUAGCAACUCCAAGCAAGCAUUGUCACAGAUGCUGCGCCAGCGGCAGCCUGGUUCAUUCCAACAGCAGCAGCAACAGCCGCCUGGUGGCUUUAAUCCCAUGCAGCAACAGGCACAGCAGCAACAAGGGCCCCAGCAGCAGCAAAUUAAUGCACAGCAAUUGCGGCAGCAGCAGCAGCAGCAACAACAAAUGAAUGCUCAACCGAAUCCGCAGGCUGCGGCCGCCUUUAAUGCAAUGCAGCAACAGCAGCAGCAGCAGCCAAAUGUUCAGCAACAGCAGCAAAUGAAUCCCAAUCAGCAGCAGUUGCAGCAACAGCAACAGCAGCAACAACAGCAACAGCAAUUCAUGCGUGGCAACAUGCGCGCCAUGGCGCCAAGCCAGAUGGGUGGCAUGAAUAUGGUUGGUCAGGGCAUGCCGCAGAACCCGAUGUUGCAGCAGCAGCAGAUGGCACAAGGCAUGGUGGGCAUGGUCAAUCCAAAUGCCAAUCCAAUGAUGCAGGGCGGUGGAGCAGGUGGCAAUGGCGGUGUUGGUGUCGGUGUCGGUGUCGGUGUGGGCGUUGGCGCUGGUGGCAAUAAUCCGAACAUGGGCAUGGGCGGUAUGCCGCAGCAGGGCAUGAUCCAGCAGCAACAGCAGGUGCAGUUUCAAAAUUUCCAAAAUCAGUAUCAGCAGCAGCAACAACAGCAAGGCAUGCAGCAGCAAGGCGGCGGAGGCGGAGGCGGUGUUGGCGUGGGCAUGGCGCCGAAUCAGCAGCAGCAACAGCAAGCCGGUCUAAUGAACAAUUUCAAUCCUCAGAUGCAGCAGGCGCAACGCAACAAUCCCGACUUUAUGGCAGCAGCAGUUGUUGCGCAGCAGCAGCAGCAGCAACAACAACAACAGCAGCAGCAACAGCGCGGAGUGCCUGGCGGUAUGAUGGCCGGCAAUCGCGGCCAGUAUAUGAACCAGGCGCCGAAUGUGACCAUGACCAACAUGAUGGGUCCUGGACCAGGGGGUGUGGGCGUGGGCGUUGGCCAGGUGCCACCCUAUGCACGCCAGCAGACCACGGGUGGCGGCAAACCGGGUGUAUUGCCUGCGCAGCAGCAAUUCCAGCAGCAGCAGCUCCGACACCAGCAAAUGAUGCAAAUGCAGGGCAUGGCCGGUGGAGGAAUGGGCGGUGGACCACAAGCCGGAGGCGGUGCAGGUGGUGGCGGCGGCGGCGGCAUGGUCCAGCAACAGCAGAGCAUGAAUCAGCAGCAAACGCCCAAUCUGGUGGCCCAGCUUCAGCGUCAGAUGACCAAUCAGCCGAACAUGAUGGGACAGCAGCAGCAGUACCCACAUCAGCCGCCACCCUAUUAGUUAAGAGUAUUGUAGUUUUUGUAAAGCAUGCACUUGUGUACGAAUAAUUCACUCAAUG